AGAAGCUGAAGGUGCGGGGCAUGCCCCGUUUUGCUGGAUUUUCCCUUCUUUUCACUUUUCCACCCCCUUCAUUGUUGGGUGUCUUCUUUUCUUUCCCCCUUUUCGCUCUGCAGUUUCCACCCCGCUGGGCCAGGGCAGGGUGAACCAGCUCGGAGGGGUGUUUAUCAACGGUCGACCACUUCCCAACCAUAUCCGUCAUAAAAUCGUGGAGAUGGCUCACCACGGGAUCCGGCCCUGCGUGAUCUCCCGGCAGUUGCGGGUUUCCCACGGUUGCGUCUCCAAAAUUCUCUGUAGGUACCAAGAGACGGGCUCCAUCCGGCCCGGAGCCAUCGGAGGCAGCAAGCCCAGGCAGGUCGCGACUCCCGACGUGGAGAAGAAAAUCGAGGAAUACAAACGGGAAAACCCCGGGAUGUUUAGCUGGGAGAUCCGAGACAGGCUCCUGAAGGAUGGGCACUGCGACCGGAGCACCGUGCCCUCAGUGAGUUCGAUUAGCCGUGUGCUACGCAUCAAAUUCGGGAAGAAAGAGGAAGAGGAGGACUGCGACAAGAAGGAGGAAGAUGGGGAGAAGAAGGCCAAGCACAGCAUAGACGGCAUCCUGGGCGACAAAG